GCUGAGCGGCUGGGCAUAUUGUGCGCCAGGAUUGGCCUCUGCAGCAGAAACGAGGCUGCCAAGUAUGCGAGACUCGGGCAGAUCUUGGUGGAUGGUCAGCCAGCGAAGAGUGGGGCUGCCCUCGUGCCCAGCACUGCGGCCAUUGAGCUGACCCCUCGGGCACGGCGCAUGCAGGACGACAAAGUGACCAUCCUGCUGCACAAGCCUGCCCACUAUGCCUCCUGCAGGGCAGGGAAGGGCGUCCCGUUGGCCCGAAAGCUCUUGGUGCCUGAAAACCGGGCGCCAAGCUGUCGAACUCGACAUGACCCGCGCCAGCUAAGCAAGCUGGAUGCGGCGGAUGUUCUGGACGAGGCUACGAGCGGAGCCCUGUUGUUCUCGCAGGACGGCCGGGUUUCGACGACUGUCGCGCGAGAUCCGCUGGUUGAGAAGGAAUAUGACAUCGUGACAACGGGUGAGGUCACGUCUGGCCAACUAUCAGCUCUUCAGCUAAACCUGCGCACUUUCUGCGAGCAGGAGGCUCAUGUCCGAGUGGUGCCUGGGUAUAUUCCCCGCGCAGAAAAAGCUCGGAUGCUGAAGGAGGACGCUGCAGCUGUCGUUGAGGAGGCGAAGCCCAGCACGUCCUCGCGCCUUCAAGUGGUCUUCAGUGGGACCGUGACUUCAUCUGCACUACGGCAGAUGUGCGCACAGGCCGGGCUCCUUCUAUUCCGAGUAUCUCGCGUCAGAGUCGGCAGUGUUCGCUUGGGCAACCUGGUGCCGGGGCAGUGGACUGUAGUCCCAGGUGUGGAGGCUUUGCUUCGCCAAAGGUGCCAAGUAUCGAUUGAGGAAAAAGGCCGGAACCGGCCGUGUGUUUCCGAACUGCCCGCCAAUGGCUGUGGCACCGUGGCAACCACAUCGCUCACUUCGAGCUCUCCGGGUUCGCUGGACUCUGGCGACCCCAACGACUACCCGAGGCUGAGCAAUGACUCGGAGAUCCUGCAAGCUGAGCGGGCGGGCAGCUUGAAGAAAAUGGUGCUAUGUGGUCCCUCCAGGAAUGGCAAGUCCACCCUGGCCGAGGCUCUACGCCAGCUUUGCAAACCCGACACUCCGGUGCGGCCACCUGGCUUCGAAGUGACCCAUGACCCAGCUGUGCCCUGCACACAGGGUGCUGCUGCCGUGCUCUUUCCUGACGAAAAGCUUCUUCUAAUGGAUUCCGAGGGUGUUAGCCAUUCCACCAGCUUCAAGAAUGCGCAGAUGAGCAAGAACUUGCUCGCCCUGACUUACUUCAGCAACACACUCUUCCUUUGGAAUGACCGCAAUGUCCUGGACGACGCCUUCAAGGACGCGAUGAGCAUGCUGGCACUUCUCAUGGAAGAGAUGCAGAUGCACGGCUGCAAGCCUGGCUUGGUUUACAUCCGUCGUGACGACUCGGAUGUCGAUGACCUGACGGAGAUGACUGCCGUGAGACUGCCUUCUCCGAAGCGGCAAGACCGGGAAGCUAUUGAAAACUAUGCUUUCGGUGGAGAGAGGUACCAAAGCGAGUUCAAGAAUGCAUGCAAGCGUUUGCUGUCUACUCUCAAAUCCCUUGGUGCUGAGCGACCUGCCCUGCAGCUGUCAGAGAUCCGAGACUGGCUGCAGUACUCAGACUUGAGUGAGAACUCUAAAUCCACUCGGAAGGAGAUACUGGAGGUAAAGUUCGACAAGCUCAUCCGUGCACACGCGCCGCAGGCGCUUUUGUCGCCAGAGAAGCCCGAAUCGGCAGAGAAGGGUUGGCUGUGGGCCCAUGCUCACGGCUGGAACGAGCAGUUCGAGCGCGAUUGCUACAACAACUUCUGGCGCGAUGCUGAAGCCUUCCUGGUGUCACUGCCGGAUCUGCGGAAGGGCCUUGACUGUUACAUCCAGCGCGAGAUGAACCUGCAACAGCUUGAAGACCUCGCCCCAAUUUUGGACAAGGAUUCGAAACGCCUCGCCAGAGACAUGGGGUGGGACGACAACAGGCUAGCAGAUGAGUUUAACAAGCGCAUCAGCAGGUGCAGGUUACCUUCGGGCCGCAGCAUGAGCGGAGAUCUCAUGGAAGGGAGCAAGACAUAUCAGAAGCUUCUGAAGCAGAACGCCCAGCUCUGCAAGCGCAUCCGAAACAAGCAUCGCGUGACCAAGACAAAACUGUCUAUCGUAAGGAUGUACGCGACACGGGAAGAAGAGAAAGCCUGCGUGAUGGGUGCUGCAGGGGGUGCACUGGCUGAGUACCUCAUGGCCGGAUAUGAACCAGUCGAGGAAAGGCAGCUGUUCCGAUGGCGGCUGUGGGGAAGUAGUUUUGAGAGUCCUGGACAUCCGGUGAGCGGCAGUGUAGCAUCAUCGCAGGCCGACUCCGUUUCGCGUUCCAGUGGCAUGGCGACCAUCGAGUACGAUGAUGGCGGCAUCAACAGGACUUCAAAGGCCUUGACACAGCCCAAAUCGCAGGGGGCCUCCCAAGCGAUGCUGCAUGCUGUGGGCAUGAAGAAGGAAGAUCUCAACAAAGCUCAGGUUGGAAUUUGCUCUGUGUGGUACCAGGGCAAUCCCUGCAACAUGCACCUGCUCUCUCUGGGGGAUGAUGUCAAGAAGGAAGUUGACAAGGAUCCCAAGAUGUACGGCUUCCAAUUCAACACGAUUGGAGUUUCGGACGGUAUGUCCAUGGGUACCAAAGGAAUGAUGUACUCCUUGCCGUCCCGCGAGAUCAUCGCAGACAGUAUCGAAUCAGUCAUGGGAGCUCAAUUUUAUGACGCCCUUGUGACAAUUCCUGGAUGCGACAAGAACAUGCCAGGCUGCGUUAUGGCCAUGAUCCGGAUGAAUCGGCCCUCUUUGAUGCUCUAUGGUGGAACCAUUGCAUCGGGGCGCUCCUGCAAGGGCGAAGAUCUUGACAUCGUGUCCACCUUCGAGGCGUAUGGUAAGUUCAUUGCUGGGACCAUCUCUGACGAGGACCGAGCAGACAUUGUGCGGAAUGCGUGUCCCGGGCCUGGGGCAUGUGGUGGCAUGUACACUGCCAACACCAUGGCAACGGCCACCGAGGCCCUUGGGCUUUCGCUUCCUUACUCGAGCUCCUCGCCAGCCACGUCACCUGAGAAGCGAGCAGAGUGCGAAAGAGCGGCCAAAUGCGUCAAGGCCAUGCUGGAAAGAAAUCUGAAGCCCUCGGACAUCGUCACAAAGAAGUCUUUUGAGAAUGCCAUCGUGCUCGUCAACGCAUUAGGCGGAUCGACGAAUGCAGUGCUUCACUUGCUUGCGAUUGCAGCAACUGCUGGUAUCGAGCUCAACAUAGAUGAUUUCCAACGGAUUAGCGACAAGACCUCGCUGGUUGCCGAUUUGAAGCCCAGCGGAAAAUACCGGAUGGAGGACGUGCACCGCAUCGGUGGCAUCCCCGCUGUCAUGAAAUAUUUGCUCAAGCUUGGCUGGCUGCACGGAGACUGCCUCACAUGCACUGGGCAGACGUUGGCCCAGAAUCUGGCCAGUGUUCCGGAUCUGGAUUUUGGUGCGCAGAGCGUGAUGCUACCAUUGGAGAAGUGCAUUCAGAAGACGGGCAACAUCAAGAUUUUGCGAGGCAAUCUUUGCGUAGAUGGUGCUGUGGCCAAGAUCACGGGUAAGGAGGGCACCUCCUUCACAGGCAAGGCGAACGUCUUCGACAGCGAGGAGUUGAUGCUGAAGGGCCUGGAGCAAGGCAAGAUCAACAAGGGAGACUUCAUCGUGAUUCGCUAUGAGGGCCCAAAGGGUGGACCUGGGAUGCGCGAGAUGCUAACACCAACGAGUGCAAUCAUGGGUGCCGGACUGGGGAAGUAUGUGGCGUUGAUGACAGACGGCCGCUUCUCCGGCGGAUCGCAUGGCUUUAUUAUCGGCCACGUGUCUCCAGAGGCCUUCACCGGUGGAGGGAUUGCGCUGAUUCAAAACG